UUCCUUCUUUUGGUAUCCCUUUCCCCUUCUGAUCUCUCUCUCUCUUUCCAACCUUAAGAUACUAAAUUUAUUAUAUUAUUCUCUCCUUCAAUAUACUCUUGUUUCUGUGUCGUGUUAUAUUGUCUUACCAAACAAGGAAAACAAAUAGUUUCGUUAAUUUUAUUAUGGGUGAUGAUAGGGAGAAUAAACACAAACCUCCCCUAGUUUCAAGGUUCAAAAGGGUCUGUGUUUUUUGUGGAAGUAGCGCUGGCAAGAGAAAUUGCUACCGGGAAGCCGCCGUCGAACUUGCCGGAGAAUUGGUUUCGAGAAGAUUGGAUCUUGUUUAUGGAGGAGGAAGUAUUGGCUUAAUGGGACUUGUCUCUCGAGAAGUUCACAAUGGAGGUGGACAUGUGAUUGGAAUUAUCCCAAAAACAUUGAUGCGUAAAGAGAUUACUGGGGAAACAGUUGGGGAGGUCCGACCAGUAGCCGACAUGCAUCAGAGGAAAGCGGAAAUGGCCCGCCAUUCUGACUGUUUCAUUGCCCUCCCAGGUGGAUAUGGAACAUUGGAAGAGCUCCUCGAAGUCAUAACCUGGGCCCAGCUCGGCAUCCACGACAAGCCAGUGGGUUUGCUUAAUGUUCAUGGUUAUUACAAUUCGCUUCUCUCCUUCAUUGACAAGGCUGUAGAUGACGGCUUCAUCAUGCCAUCUCAACGUAGUAUCAUUGUCUCUGCCCCCAACGCUAAGGAGCUUGUUCAGAAGCUCGAGGAAUAUGUGCCAGUUCACGACGGCGUGUUGGCAAAGGCCAAUUGGGAAGCCGAACAGAUGGAACUAAACGCCACUUUGCAGACAGAAUUCUACCGAUGAAACCUCAAAACAUUGCCCAAUGACCAAAAAUCCAACAACUUUGCUAUCUUUCUAUAAUUUUUCCCCUUUUUUUUGUGGGUAUUUGUUGAAACCCAUAUGCAUUUGUACAGAGAAUUAGAAAAUAAUAAAUUUAAUUUUUAGACU